AUGGUCAAUGUCAACUACACAACAACCUCCUCAGACCUCGUCUGGACGGACGACGAUGGUACAGAGUACAUCUACAACCUCGGUGACAUUGGUUUCGUCAUCGCCUGUAUGGCCCUUGUGUGGCUCAUGGUGCCCGGAGUCGGGUUCUUCUACUCUGGUCUGCUGAGACGGAAAAAUGCACUGUCAAUGAUCUUCUUGUCGGUGGUGGGUGUCGCAGUUGGGUCCUUCCAGUGGUUCUUCUGGGGUUAUUCCCUGGCCUUUUCGGAUACUGGCUCCUCAUUUAUUGGUGACCUGCGAUACUUUUGUCUCAAGGGCGUGCUGGCUCAACCUUCGGCGGGCUCUGACCGCGUGCCUGCGCUUGUCUUUGCCAUUUACCAGUGCAUGUUCUGCUUGAUCACCGGUGUCCUCGCCAUUGGUGGUUUCGCCGAACGCUCUCGUAUCGGCCCCGUCAUGGUCUUUCUCUUCUGCUGGCUCACCAUCGUCUACUGCCCUAUCGCCAACUGGACUUGGAACUCUAACGGUUGGUCCUUUGUCAUGGGUGGUCUCGACUUUGCUGGUGGUACCCCCGUCCACAUUUCUUCUGGUACCGCCUCCCUCGCCAUCGCCCUCUACCUUGGCAAGCGCCGCGGCUACGGCACCGAGCGACUCGCCUACAAGCCCCACAACACUGCCUUUGUCGUCCUCGGUACGGUCUUCCUCUGGUUCGGAUGGUUCGGCUUCAACGGUGGAUCCGCCCUCUCUGCCAACCUCCGAGCUGUCCAGGCUUGUAUUGUCACCAACCUUGCCGCGAGCUGUGGUGGUUUGACCUGGAUGAUGUUGGAUUACCGACUUGAGCGAAAGUGGUCUGCUGUCGGGUUCUGCUCUGGUGCCAUCUCUGGUCUUGUCGGUAUCACUCCCGCCGCUGGUUUCGUCGGUGCCCCUGCUGCCGUGGCUAUCGGAUUCGUCACUGCCGUCGCUUGUAACUUUGCCACCAAGCUCAAGUUCCUCAUCCACGUCGACGAGACUCUUGAUGUCUUUGCUUCCCACGGUAUCGGAGGUAUGGUCGGCAACAUCAUGACCGCCCUCUUUGCCCAGGCCUCUGUCGCUGGUUUCGACGGUAUCACCGAGAUUGACGGAGGUUGGUUCGACCACAACUACGUCCAGCUUGGUUACCAGAUUGCCGACCUCACUGCCGGUUUCGCCUACAGCUUUGUCAUGACCACCAUCAUCUGCUGGAUCCUCCACUUUAUCCCCGGUCUCAGACUCCGCGCGAGCGAAGACGCUGAAAUCGUUGGUAUCGAUGACGCCUACCUCGGAGAGUUUGCCUACGACUAUGUGGGUACCGACCCCGAGCUCCGUCUCCACCGUGUCGACUCUCGACCCCACCUCACUUCUGGUGACGUGAUCGCCGACAACGGCAGUAACGGACACGAGUCUUCAUCAGAAAAGGUCGAGCCUCACACCGCCGGCAACGCUGCUGUUGGCGGUGGCCGGGUGGACGUAUAA